AUGGAGCUAUCAUGUUCGCCGCCGCUCUCAGUCAACUCCUCGUUGAAUUCCGGCCCGUACCGCCGUGUAUCUGUACCUACAUCCCACCGCCGCUGCCACGUGGCCCUUACAUUUCCCCCGAAUUGGCCUUCCUCGUCUUCCUACACCGCGAAUCCUGUAAAUGCUUGCAGCACCAGCAGCUCGUCGUCCUACUUGGGGAUUUCCCUCCCCCGCCCCCGAUUGCGGCACAGCUCAGCGCCGGUGAAGAAAUACAGACGCUCGUUGGUCGUGGUUGCUGGAAUAUUCGAGCGGUUCACGGAGCGUGCGAUCAAGGCGGUGAUGUUUUCCCAGAGAGAGGCCAAGGCUCUAGGCAAGGAUAUGGUGUACACGCAGCACCUGCUCCUGGGCCUUAUAGCGGAGGAUCGUGCCCCAAACGGGUUCCUGGGAUCGGGCAUCACCAUUGAUGUGGCGCGAGAAGCUGUUCAGAGUUUGUGGCAAGGAGACUAUCGGAAUAGCGGGAGUCAAUCCGAGAUUUCGGCCACGGAUGUGCCGUUUUCUGCUGGUGCGAAGCGUGUUUUCGAGGCGGCUGUUGAGUACUCAAAGACGAUGGGGAAUAAUUUCAUAGCCCCAGAGCACAUUGCUAUGGGGCUGUUCACGGUUGAUGAUGGCAGCGUAAAUCGUGUGUUGAAGAGAUUAGGAGUAAAUGUGAAUCAUUUGGCCGCUGAAGCAGUCUCCAGACUUCAAGGUGAGCUUGCCAAAGAAGGAAAAGAGCCAUCUUCCCCUGCAUUCAGGAAGUCACGAGAUAAAAUAUUACCCGAGAAAGCUACUCAUGCUAAAUCCCUCGAAAUGGCAAGAGAAAAAAAGGCUCUUGACCGUUUCUGUGAGGAUCUCACUGCCCGUGCUAGCAAUGGAUCGAUUGAUCCUGUAAUUGGUCGAGAGACUGAAGUACAGAGGAUCAUUCAAAUUCUUUGCCGAAGAACCAAGAGUAAUCCAAUUCUUCUUGGUGAAGCUGGAGUUGGGAAGACGGCAAUUGCAGAAGGACUGGCUAUAAAUAUUGCUGAUGGAAAUGUUCCUUCAUUUCUUACGAAAAAGCGCAUAUUGUCCUUGGAUAUAGGUCUACUAAUAGCAGGGGCAAAGGAGAGGGGUGAGUUGGAGGCACGUGUUACUUCGUUGAUAAAGGAGAUUAAGAAGUCAGGAAAUAUAAUCCUCUUUAUUGAUGAGGUCCACACACUUAUUGGUUCUGGCGUAGUAGGAAAAGGAAACAAGGGAUCUGGUCUGGACAUAGCCAAUAUAUUGAAGCCACCCCUUGGACGUGGUGAAUUGCAGUGUAUUGCGUCGACAACAAUGGACGAAUUCAGAUUGCAUCUUGAGAAGGAUAAAGCUUUGGCUCGAAGAUUUCAGCCUGUCUUGAUCGAUGAACCAAGUGAGGAAGAUGCAGUUCAGAUACUGUUGGGCUUGCGAGAGAAGUAUGAAUAUCAUCACAAAUGUGCAUACACUAUGGAGGCCAUAAAUGCUGCGGUGUAUCUAUCAUCAAAAUAUAUCUCAGAUAGAUAUCUUCCCGAUAAAGCUAUUGAUCUUAUCGAUGAGGCAGGAAGUAGAACUCGUAUGGAGGCAUCUAAAUUGAGAAAGAAAGAGCAAACUUCAAUACUUUCUAAGUCACCUAGCGAUUACUGGAAGGAAAUCAGAGCUGUUCAGGGCAUGCAUGAAGCAAUGCCACUGGCGUCAGAACUGACUGAGAAGGAUAACAUUUCAAAAGGGGAGGAGGAUGAAAUCGUCAAUCAAAAUCUUUCUGGGGCACGCUUAUUGUCAGAAGAUGAAAUCUCGGUGAUUGGCCCUGAGGAUAUAGCUGCUGUUGCUUCACUCUGGUCAGGAAUCCCAGUUAAGAAGCUAACAGCUGAUGAGAGAAUGCUUCUGGUGGGUCUUGACGAGCAGCUAAAGAGACGAGUAAUUGGCCAAGAUGAGGCUGUUGCUGCAAUAAGUCGGGCUGUCAAGCGAUCUCGUGUUGGCUUGAAAGACCCGAACAGACCAAUUGCUUCCAUGAUCUUCUGUGGUCCCACUGGUGUUGGGAAAACUGAACUUGCCAAAGCUUUGGCCGCAACUUAUUUCGGUUCUGAGUCUGCUAUGCUAAGAUUGGACAUGAGUGAAUAUAUGGAGCGUCAUACUGUAAGCAAGUUAAUUGGAUCUCCCCCAGGUUAUGUAGGCUAUGGGGAAGGAGGUAUUCUUACGGAAGCUAUAAGAAAACGGCCUUUCACCAUUGUGUUGUUAGAUGAGAUUGAGAAAGCUCACCCAGAUAUAUUCAACAUCCUCUUGCAGUUAUUUGAAGAUGGUCACUUGACAGAUUCUCAGGGUCGGAGAGUGUCAUUCAAGAAUGCACUAGUAGUAAUGACUUCCAAUGUGUGGUCCGCUGGCAUCGCGAAGCGUAGAGGAAAUAUCUUCGGUUUUUUUCCCAAUAGGGAUACCGAUAGCGAUGAAGAUGAAUCGAAUUCUUAUUCUAGGAUGAAAGCUCGGGUGAUGGAAAAGUUGAAGCGUUACUUCCGGCCAGAGUUACUCAACAGGAUUGACGAAGUAGUUGUGUUCCGUCCUCUCGAGAAACCUCAGAUGCUCGAGAUAUUGGAUAUAAUGCUGCGUGAGGUGAAAGAACGUCUCAACUCUUUGGGGAUCGGACUUGAGGUGUCUGAGGCAAUCAAGAACUUGAUUUGCAAGCGAGGUUACGACCGAAGUUAUGGUGCCCGGCCUCUCAGGCAAGCAGUCACACAAAUUAUUGAAGAUCGCGUAAGUGAAUCUCUACUUUCUGGGGAUUACAAGCCUGGUGACAUUGCUUUUAUUUAUCUGGAUGAUUCUGGAAAUCCGGUCGUUAUAAAUAAGUCAAACCAAGGUUUCCAAUUGUCAGAUACGAGUUCUGAACUACAGGGGCUCAACCCAACACAGUGA